GAUAACCCUUUGGAAGAGGCUGUGCUGAGCCGUGAAGUCUUCACUUCCUCUGUUCACUGUAAGUUCCCAACCACAAGUGUUAAAGCAGAGAAGCAAGGAGUACACGACCUGACCCCAGCAGCCACAGCCAGAGUGCCAGCCCAGCCAUGUAUCUUGAGGUUAGUGAACGUCAAGUGCUAGAUGCCUCGGACUUUGCCUUUCUUCUGGAAAACAGCACCUCUCCUUUUGAUUACGGGGAAAACGAGAGCAACAUUUACUUCCCGCCCUGCGCACAGGACUUCAGUCUGAACUUUGACAAAGCCUUCCAGCCGGCCCUCUACAGCCUCCUCUUUUUGCUGGGACUGCUAGGCAAUGGGGCUGUAGCUGCUGUGUUAUUGAGCCAGCGUGCUGCCCUGAGCAGCACAGACACCUUCCUGCUUCAUCUGGCUGUGGCCGAUGCACUGCUGGUGUUGACCCUCCCACUGUGGGCAGUAGACGCUGCUGUUGAGUGGAUUUUCAGCUCUGGCCUCUGCAAAGUGGCAGGUGCCCUCUUCAACAUCAACUUCUAUGCAGGGGCCUUCCUGUUGGCCUGCAUAAGCUUUGACCGCUAUCUGAGCAUAGUGCAUGCCACCCAGAUCUACCGCAGGGACCCCAGGGUACGUGUAGCCCUCACCUGCAUAGUUGUCUGGGGACUCUGUCUGCUCUUUGCCCUCCCAGACUUCAUCUUCCUGUCGGCCAGCUAUGAUCAGCGCCUCAAUGCCACUCACUGCCAGUAUAACUUCCCACAGGUGGGUCGCACUGCUCUGCGUGUACUGCAGCUGAUGGCUGGUUUCCUGCUGCCCCUUCUAGUCAUGGCCUACUGCUAUGCCCAUAUCCUGGCUGUGUUGCUGGUCUCUGGAGGCCAGAGACGCUUACGAGCCAUACGGCUGGUGGUGGUGGUGGUGGUGGCCUUUGCUGUCUGCUGGACCCCCUAUCACUUGGUGGUAUUGGUGGACAUCCUCGUGGAGUCGGGAGUUUUGGCCCGAAACUGUGGUCUAGAAAGCCGUAUUGAUGUGGCUAAGUCAGUUACCUCUGGCAUGGGCUACAUGCACUGCUGCCUCAACCCACUGCUCUAUGCCUUUGUGGGGGUAAAGUUCAGAGAGCAAAUGUGGAUGCUGUUCAUGCGUCUGGGCUGCUCUGACCAGAGAGGGGCCCAGCGGCAGCCAUCAUCUUCACGGCGGGAAUCGUCCUGGUCUGAGACAACAGAGGCCUCCUACUUGGGCUUAUAAUUCUGCAAUGAAACUGUAGCCUGUGCAACCCAGGUCCUUCUCCUCUGACUCACCCAUAACUUUGCUGCUGGGACUCACUGGCAGCCCAGCAUCUCCAGGUCUCCUGAGAACCACUCUCCUAGCUCCAAGGACAGCACUGUUACUGAGCCUUAGCUGCCAUACCCUAUCCUGCUAUUUCAGAGCUAGCUGCCUGGAGCACCACCACCCUUCAAACGCAGCAAAUAGAAGUCAGCGUUCCCUGUGGGAGGGGAGUGAGAGGUGAAGAGUAUAGAGGACCAGGCCUUGCCUAUGGUCCCCAGUAUCUCAAGACUGCCCACUUUUAUGCCUAAAACUCUGCUUAAACUUUCAAUAAACAAGAUAAUGAGGA